CAACAAUCUUAAACUCAAUUUCGUUCACAAGUAAAUCCAUUAUUUCUUUGUUGGGACACGGCCAUCAGUUCCAACAAGCAUCUUAUAUUUAUCUUUCUAGUCAAAUUGGUGCACUCCAGCCAACAUCCUGUAAUUUGCAACCUCAAUUGGUGAUUUCCCGCCUCUGCAAGUUAACUCAAUAGGCACUUGAUCCAGAAAUGUAAUCUCGUAAGUUGGCAAAGGGUUCAUUAGCACGAAAUAAGGGUCCAUCAGCGUAAACCCACGAGUCGAUGUACCAUAAAACACUGUCUGCUUGGUGUUAAUGGCAACCGGAACGAUCCUAUCAGUGAGCUCAGCAAAGAGACUACUAAACCUUAAAAUUUAGUAGUUCUAUUGGUGAUUUCCCGCCUCUGCAACCAUCCUAACAGUUCUAUGGUUGGAAACAAAGAGAACUCCAUUUUGGUUUUUCUUGCGUUGAAGAGGAGGAGGAUUUCCCUUGACAGUUAAAUUUAAAUGGCCAACUGGUGCCUCAGUUGGCCAUUUACAUGGUCAGUUAACUUAUCACUUAUCUUCUGGAAUAGCAACUCAGCUCGGGUUUAAUACUCGUACUACUCCGGAAAAUGAAAAAAAGAACUAUUCUUGGGCAGCCAAAUUUUUGGGAAGUCCUAAUUGUUGGAGGCUUCCAAAUUUGUGACUGUCUAGAUCUGGAAUAUCUUCGGAGUUGGAGGCUUCCAAAUUCCCCUCCCUCCUGAUAUCUGUAUAAGGCCGGGAAUCGAAACCCAAUUUAGUGUAUUUAUAGGAGGUUGAUGCGAGAGAAAUUGAUAGGUUUGCGAUGGAUAAACUUCUGCCUAGAGAAAUCGAAGUAGAUAUUUUUUCACGGUUACCGGCUGAAACUCUCAUCUCCUCCAAAAGAGUGUGCAAGACCUGGCGAGGUCUCUUCAGUGAUAACUACUUCAUUGAUGCUCACCUACGUCGUCAAUCGAACGCAGGAUUUGGAGUUGAAGAUGAUCAUUCAUACUUCCAUAAGAAGAGGGGUUCUUCUCGUUCCAGUGACAGUGAAGAAGAUGCUGUCAAUAAGGGUUCUUCUCGUUCCAGUAACAUUGAAGAUGCCGCCAAUUCUACAUCUAAGGUAGUUUCCUUAUUCUGGGAGGUUCAUAUUUUAAAGGUCAAAACAAAUUAUUCUAUUAUGGUAAUUAUUCUGAUGAGAAGCAGGAGUUCACAUAUAAGAAACUCAAAUCAAAAAAAGAUGAACAACCACCUUUUUACCCCCAACUCGAAUUACUCCCUUGUUGACUCAUGCAAUGGUCUCAUUUGUUUCUCCACAUCUUAUUUUUCGGAGUUAUUCGUCAGUAAGGAUCCUGUUUGUGUUUGUAAUCCAAUCACAGGAGAAGAGUUGAAUCUUCCAAGGUUGAUGGUAGAUUAUCAACCUAUAGAAAUUUGUUUCAAAGUUGGCAUUGCAUCUGGAUUUGGUUAUGUUCCUCUCAUAAAUGAAUACAAGGUGGUUAGAAUUUGUUACUACGGCACGGAGGCCUUAGAGGUCCAGGUAUAUACUCUUGGUAGUGGCAACGGGUGGGAAAGGUGUAAAGGAAAUAUCGAUUGUUUAAUGCCUUCUAAUUUACUGCAUCACCGGGUGUCUAUGCAAAUGGAACUCUUUAUUGGCUGAAUUUCGAGGAAAAAUUCGGCAUUGUGGCUUUCGAUUUGGCGAAAGAGGACUUCUAUGUCAUGUCAGCACCAUCAUGUUUCCCUGGAGAUAAGCGUCGUCGCUAUCAACGUCAGGUGUUGGGCGGGUGGUUGACCUUUGUUCAUCAAAAGAGAGGUAGAUAUGUGGACAUAUGGUUGUUGGAUGAUAGCUCCCUAACAAAGCAGUCUUGGAAAUGGAGAAAGGAGUGCAGAAUACCAUGGGAAGGCAAACGGGAUAGUGAAUACGAGCCAUUUGCCAUCACAGAGAGGGGUCAUGUUUUAUUCUGGAAAAGGUUGAUGUAUAUUAUCAGCUGGAGGAGGAGGAGAGGAAGGCCAACAAUUCUGAGAUACGACGUAUGCUCAGCACUUCAAACCAAUUCUACUUUGUAUGCUUAUUUCUGUCUUAUUUUACUUUAAGACCCUAACCAAACACAAUUGUAUUAUAUGUGAAGUCGUGAAUACAGUUUCUGCAAUUUUCACCUUGCAAAGGAACCACAUGUAUGUAUGCCUACAAUUAUCAAUGGAGAAAUUUGUUAAAUUAUUCUGUCCUGUAAAUUUUCUUCUUUGUUUGUUUCAUCUGUUUCUCAUUUAUGAUGUUCCCCUGUCCUUGACUGCAGCUAACUCUGACUCUGACAAUGAGAGGUAAUACUAAAGCACUGUAGCGUGGGAGUUCAGAG